AGGAAAGGAAUGCGAGUGGGAAGCAGAAAGAGCCAGGCGCAAGCAAGCGGGCAUGUAGCGACAAAUCCCGCCAGCAGAGAGGCGCGGGGAGCCGGGCCGGGGCUCACGCGGCAGAGGGCGGGCUUUCGCGUUCUCCCGGGGAAAGCCGGAGGAAGAGGAAAACGCCGCUUCACCCGGCGGACUGCGCGGCCGUUUUCCACGGGCAGCAGCGCUUCCCCGCACGCCCCCCGGCCGGAGCGUCGCUGGCUGCCCCCAUGGCGGCGUCGGAGAAGGUGCUGCGGGAGGGGGUGCUGGAGAAGCGCAGCGGCGGGUUGCUGCAGCUCUGGAAGAAAAAGCGCUGCCUGCUCAGCGAGAAGGGGCUGCGGCUCUUCGAGGCCGGCAGCCGGGGCUCCACGCGCUGCAAGGAGCUGCCCUUCGCGCACGUCAAAGCCGUCGAGUGCGUGGAGUGGAAGCAGCGACACAUCUACUUCACGGUGGUGACGGACGACGGCGCCGAGAUCGACUUUCGCUGCCCCCAGGAAGACCCCAGCUGGAACGCCGACAUCACUCUGGCGCUGGUCCGCUUCCAGAACCAGCAAGCGGUGCAGAUUGUGCGCGCCAGGCACAGCUGCAGGACGGCUUUUCAACAAGGGUCAGCUCCAACCAGCCAGAUUCUGGUGAAUGGGUCUAAGAAAUCCGACUCUCAGCUCAACGUGGAGAGAGUGGAGGAAUUUAUAGCAGUGACUUCACCUGCUGGUGGACCAAAGGCAAUUUCUAGCUGCAACUGAAUGAAGACCUCUACUUUCUUUGGUGAGGCAACUCUGCUGCAAAGUGACAUAAUGCCUGGUGAAGCUAGCCAAAUAGGUAUCACAACAAUGGUUAGAAACAGCUUUUGUUUUUCUCCUCUGUUUUUGCUAUGAUACUUAAGAACUUGGUCUCUCGAUAAGGCAUUGAGAAAGUUUCCUAUUAAACUGACAGUUUGCUUUCUACUGUCAACAGUCUUACCUACAGUGAUGGACAUCUACUGUGAUUCAGGAGACAGUUGCAGCAGCUAAGACAAAAAGGAAUCAUUCCAUCACUCAUUGUGCCACCAGCCUGAUGCUGAGUGAACAGUGCCAGAAUAAGAUGAACCAUGCAAGUGAGGAACGUACUUGCUAUUGAAUCUGAGCAUGUCAGACAUGAUACGGGACUAAUUUCUUGGUUUAAAAACAACAACAGAGGAACGUCUGUCUUCAGAUAAUCAAGUGGCUCAUCUGGAAGGCACAAAUGUGAGCCUGCCCCUCUGACCUGAGAAGUCACAGGUUAUGAGGAAGAUGCUGCUGGAGUAGAUGCAGAGAAUUUUAAAAUAUAUAUAAGCACCUUAAGAAGCCUUUGGGAAUCCCAAAACUUCUAUAAAUGAGCUGGUUGUGAUUUCUGCCAUGAAGUUAAUGCUCACUGACAAUCCAUAAUUUCAGCUCAGUGAAUCAUAUCGACAUCUAGGAUUAUGUAACGUUGCUAGAUCCUUUAUCUUAGAAUCCUUAGGUACUAGGGUGCAAGCCUCCGGAUAAGAAUUCAUAUGCAAGGCUGAAGGCUUCUUUAUUUCAGCCUUUUGAAGACUGAAGUAUGCCACCAUCUUUUUCUUCCACUGCCCCAUGACUUAUUUACUUACUUUGGGACAUGGGAAGAAAGCAGAAAAUAGAAUGGUAAGCUCUUGCAUUGCCUUUUGAAACAUAAUUAUGAAUCCAACUGGGAAUGUCCUUAUCCCUUUUGGUAAGAAGAUGGAGAUUGGGUGCACACUCAUCCACCAAAGAGGCCAUUUUACCCUUAUUCAGGAGUUAUGUGUAACAAAUAAAGCAGUGUGAAACAGGAGUAUGCAUUGUCCCCAAUAUUACCAUUCCUGCUUUCUCAUUCCCAUUUUUUUAAAUCUUUGUGGAAACUCCCUAUUCUCAUGGAGGAGCCCACUGAUUUCCUAAUGUUCAAAUGACUGGUUGCUCCUUUUCAGGUUUUCUAAUCAACACCCAAAACCACAAGGGGGGAGGGGAGAGAUCUGGAAGAGGUCUACUGUAUUUAGGAUCCUGACCCUUCUUGUCUUGAUCUCUUCAGACCAAAUGUUUUAAAAGGGCUUAUGCACCAUAGAAUUGGAAGAGACCUGGCAUGGCAAAACUACUAAUGCAAUUAUUAAUAACAUUUCAAGAAAAAUCAAUGCACGCAGUUGUCCUGCUUUUGAAGCAUGCUUUUUAAAUCAUUCUUUCCUAGCCACCCGAUGCUCAAUAUUUUGUAAUUAUGCAGAUUUGUGCCAAUUAGGAGCAUUGGCAUAAAAAAAAAAUGACUGAUCUUAGCUACAUGAAAGCGAAUGGAAAAUUAUGGAAAGUCUGUUGGUGGUAGAAAGUUUGGUCAUUAACAUGACUGUGAAAGACAUUUCCUACAUUUAGUUUGAUAUGUAUUGGUCAUGAGAUGUAACUUCACAGUCUGAAAAUCUAGAUCUGUACAUUGUCUGAAGCCUUGUGUAAUGUCUGUGACCAUCAGUAGCAUCAUUUGCUAUAGAAUAAAUUAUGAAAAUACUGUUGUGCCAAUCACUCAAUUUCCUCUGCUUCUCUUUUGUCCAUGACAACUAUUGGUGACAUUCCAUGUUGUCAAUCUCCACUGCUUCUUCUGUCUCUGGGUAUCACAGCCCUUAUUUAAAUAAUGUUGACCAAUUGUCAUGAGCAAUUAUGAAUCUGCUUCUGACAAGCAGUACCCCCUCAAAAUUUGAUAACAUUAUUAUCAUAUACUGCAACACUGAAAAAUAAGGAGUAAUAUGAAGGUGGUACCCUGCUGAUUUCAUUAGGAGUUUUAGAUUCUGUGAUUGAAUAAAUGCAGUAGAUACUAUGAGCUCAUUUUCCUGUUCAAAAGGUAAUUCACCACAAUGUUGAAAUAAAUGAUGUCAUUACAAUAUUUUUGAAUAUCUAGUAUCUUAAAAGUAGUUAGACUUUACGAUGCUUUAAAGAUUCAAGGAUGUUUUUCUUUUAUCCUU